CUCAGCGUUGAAGCUUACGAACACGCGCCAUACAAGACACAUCUCCGACUCUCCACACAAUAUACCAUGGCACCUACGUAUAAUUUAUCGGACUCUGAAUCAGAAGCCGAAGCAACCACUACGCCAUCUGAUUCGGUGCUAGAAAAAGGUCUACGCGAUGAAGUUGCCGGGAUAUUCAAGUCGGGAAACAUGGAGGAGUUGACAGUGAAACGAGUUCGACUUUCUGUCGAGAAGAAGCUUGGUCUUACAGAGGGCUACUUUAAACAGACUGGGGAUUGGAAAACGCGGAGCGAGGAAAUUAUCAAGGCAGAAGUGGAAACACAGGAGAACGCCGACAACGACGAAGAGCCACCUACAAAAUCACCCUCUGCCUCACCGCAGUUGAAGAAGACAGCCGCACCCAAACGAGCCAAGCGAGACAGUGUACCAAAGCCAAGGAAGCGACAAAAGACACAAACACCCGUUUCGGAGGAAGAGGACAAAGAGGACGAUGAUGAGGAGCCUGAACCCACUGGCGACGAGAGUGAGGAAGAGGUUGAAAAGCCAAAGAAGCGUGCAGCGGAGCCUGUGAAAAAGAAGAAGUCGAAGCCUGCGCCUGCUGACUCGGCAGAGGGGUCGGACGCCCAGAAAGAGGAAGACACACCGAUGGACGACGUCAAAGCAGACUCGGAAAGCGAAAUGUCCGUUGUACUGGAUGAGGAGCCGAAACCGAAGGCUGUUCGCAAACGGAAGAGCUCCGAGUCAACAACCAAAGAGAAAAAGAAGCCUGCACCCAAACCCAAGGCCAAAGAUGGGGAGGACCCCGACCAGGCAGAGAUCAAGCGAUUACAAGGGUGGCUGCUCAAAUGUGGUAUUCGGAAGAUGUGGUUUCGAGAGCUCGCACCUUACGAUACUGCAAAGGCGAAGAUCAAGCACCUUAAGGGGAUGCUGGAAGAUGCUGGCAUGACGGGGCGAUAUUCCCAGGAGAAGGCCAAUAAGAUCCGCGUCGAGCGCGAGCUUAAGGCAGACUUGGAGCAGAUCCAGCAAGGUGCGAAGCAAUGGGGAGCGGUCAGCGGGGAUGAGGGCGAGAAUGAUGGCGAGGCGCCUCCGCCACGACGCGUAGCCCGCGGUCGACAGGCGCUUGCGUUUCUGGAGAGCGAUGGUGAGGAAUCCGAUUGA